GCGGGGCUGCGGCGGGCACCGGCUGGGCGCGGCGCGGUGCGGGGGAGCCCGCGGAGGCUGGGCGCGGCGAGGCGUCCCGCCGAGACAAAAGGCGCCCGGGACGGCGACGCCGCCCGCGCCGCGCCCUCGCAGGCAAAGCGGCAGCCGCCCGCCCCGGCGCGGGGGAGCCCCCAGGCACGGGGUUUCCACUGCCGAGGCUCCCGAGCCCAACCGGGAGGAAGAGGAGGAGGAAGGAGGGCGGGGGAGCGGCUGUGCCGUGGGCAGGAGGGAAGCCGCUCUCCGAGCGUGAACUGAGCUCAGCACCGCCGCCUGCCUCGCCUCGCCUCCCCGUCCCUCCUCCUCCCCUCCUCCCCCCGCCUCCCCCCGCCGCAGACGGCCGCGAGCCCGGAUGGUUUGCGAGCGGAGUUGAGGGGGCAAACUUUGAAGCCUAGAUGCCUCUGGGGCUGCGCGGCAAAGCGCGGCUGCUCCUGCAGGCACCUGCCGCCGCGCUCCCCCCGGCACCGCCGCCCUCUGCGGGGGCGGCCGGCCCCGUUACCGGCGGCCGCCGAGGCGGCGGGCGCUGCGGCCGCGGCUAGGGCGGGCGGGCAGGCGGGCGCGCCCCCAUGCGGGUCCCGGGCUGGGGCGCGCCGGCGGCGGCAGGCGGGAGCCGGGCGGCGGCCGGGCGGUGCUCUCCCGCCGCCUGAGUGGGCGCGGCGCGGGACGGCGGCGCGGGGUGCCGGGAGCCAUGGGCUAUUGCAGCGGCCGGUGCACGCUGGUGGCGGUGUGCGGCGCGCAGCUGGUUUCUGUGCUCGAGAGACAGAUAUUUGACUUCCUUGGUUAUCAGUGGGCACCCAUCCUGGCAAAUUUUAUACACAUUAUAAUAGUCAUACUUGGCUUAUUUGGAACCAUCCAGUACAGACCUCGUUACAUUACGGGAUAUGCUGUCUGGCUGGUCCUUUGGGUUACAUGGAACGUGUUUGUUAUCUGCUUCUAUUUGGAGGCUGGGGACCUUUCAAAGGAAACAGAUCUCAUUCUGACCUUUAAUAUCUCAAUGCAUCGUUCUUGGUGGAUGGAGAAUGGGCCAGGCUGCACCGUGACCUCAGUAACACCAGCACCAGACUGGGCACCAGAGGAUCAUCGCUAUAUCACUGUCUCGGGGUGUUUUCUUGAAUAUCAGUACAUAGAAGUGGCUCACAGUUCUCUUCAGAUCUUCCUUGCACUGGCGGGCUUCAUCUAUGCCUGUUAUGUUGUGAAAUGUAUUACUGAAGAAGAGGACAGCUUUGAUUUCAUAGGUGGAUUUGACUCUUACGGCUAUCAAGGUCCACAGAAGACAUCUCAUUUACAGCUACAGCCCAUGUAUAUGUCAAAGUAAACAUGGGGACUACUCAACAUGGGCUGGAGGACCUGUCAAAGAAACUGUUUCAGGAUGGCCUUCUGGUUCUUCAAAGAGCAAAAAUGAUCCAGUUUUUGUGCUAAAAUAUAUAUAUACAUAUAUAUAAAAAAGCUGAUUGAACAGUGAUACAUAAAACAAUGGACACUUUCAGCCCCUCUUUCUAACAGGUACUAAGGAAGAUGCCCCAGACCCCCACCUUGGAUCUCCUGCUUCCCAGCACCAGAGGGCCAGAGAAGAGGUGUUUGUGCCAUCUUCUGGCUCUUCCCUACCCCGGCCACCGCCAGCGUGGCCCAUCUGGAUUAAGACAUGAACCCAGCAAAUUCGGUGCUUUCAGAGCCACCUCCGCACUCCUGGCCGUGUCAAGUCUCCUUAGUCAACACAACACUAAAAAUGCCAGGAUGACCUUGCAGCAGAAGUCAAUAGACAGCACGUUGUUUGCCCUGAAGGCUGUACAGUUCAUACUUGCCUUAACCCAACUGCGUUGCACAUCAGAGAAACUCCGUGCAAGCUUUCUGAAGUAACAUGCUGCUGUUAAUUCUGAACGAUUUCUAAGUCAGUGGUUUUCUUCUGUUUGGUUUUGUUUUGUUUUCAUGUCAGGGAAUAAGGCUCUGCUGCUCCAUGGCUCCAGAGCAACCAAGUAGAAAACUGCCAGCUGUCUGAGAAGUGCUUUACUUUUGAGGCUCCACAGUGGUCAAGGAACAAAGUUUGUAAUGGUUAAAAAAAAAAAAAAAAAAAAAAAAAAAUGAGACCUUUUCGGGAUCAGGAUGGGGAAAGGGGUAACAUAAACUAAUAAUUGAACCUACUGGAAAUAAGCAGCAGAAACAGUGCUUCUUAAUCCCGCUGUUUUUAUUUAUUGCACUGUAGGUGCUUUUAUAGCUAUCUCUAAAGGUCUUUUACUAACUACAGAGACAUCUGCAGAUUUCUAUCAACAAAGGCCAACUGAAUAUGUACUAGCUACGUUUACUCUUUUAUAUCUAAUUUCAACUGAAAAUCCUCUGUAAGUGAGCUUUUUUUUCUAACUGCACCAUAAGGGACUCAUAUUUUUUUGUUUGUUUGUUUCAGUUGGGGAGGGCAGGGAGGGACUAGUUGAGUUGAAGAAAUAUUGGAGACAUUUUUGUGGUAUAUUUGGGGGAUCUGUUGUGUGUUAGAACGUGUAUUUUAUCUUCCUGUAUUGUUGUGGCUGAAAAAAAACCUGUGCUGUUACGUAGUUGGCAACAAGAUGCCUUUGGAAAUUUUGCUAGUAGGUCAAUGUGUAUAUGAAAUACUCUGAACUCCUAGGAACGUAUGUUUUGCUCUACAUCUGAUCUGUAUUUUCAAGCACUUAGGUGGCUUUCAUUAGGAAAAACCCAAUAUUUUGCUCAGGCUUUUCAGAAACUUGGAUUGUCAUUGUUUCUUUGCUCAGACCUUGCAUAGGCAAAUACACGCACCUACCACACCUGAGGUGACCACGUAGCUUUUGAGGGUAAGAGGGAAGGUCAGUGCCUGAAAAGGCUCAAGAGUCCUCCGAGCAACUCCCUUUUCCUUGCUGGCCAAACCCCACACCUGCACAGCUCCCAGGCUCCCAUGGCCUGUGCGCUCACACCACUCAUCCAUCCCUGUACAAACCAGUGUCCUUUACUGUGUCUGCAUGGAUGUACGGUGUCACAAGCAGCAACUCUGGACAAUGACAGAGGAACAGGCAUUCAUCAGCAAAAACAACAUACAGGACAUGUUCAGGAACUAUACUUACAUUUAUUCAGUGAGAUUUUUAUAUAUAUAUAUAUAUACAUAUAUAUAUAUAUGUAAGAGAGUGUGUGUGUGUGUGUGUGUGUGUGUGUGUGUGUGUGUGUAUGUCUAGGUAUAUAAAAUACACAGGAAUAACCAUUGACAGGGGCUGCAUAACCCAGGGAGACUCUGAUGCAGGGGGCCAAGGGCUCCAGCCAUAGAUCCUGCCAGGGAUUUACUGCGUGAAUUAGGCAUGUCCUCUAGGCCUGAUCCUGUAAAGCAUUCCUUGCUGAUUUGAAUCUCAAAUUUAAAUUUUCACACUUGCGUACCUGAAAUUCUGAGUUCGCUCUGGGUAGAGCUGCUUUUCACUCCCAGGAAAAUCAUGCAACUUUCAAGCACCAGGCUGAAAUUUCCCGUAACUUGAAAGAUUUCUAAAGUUUCUACUUUCAUGUGGUAUUCAAUAUAGCAGACAUAUAGUAUUAAACACGAUGUAGAGGUUUAAAUGGUAUUAAAAUAUAACAGGGUAUUUUAGCUUUCCCUGUAUACCAGUUAAUCAAGAUCAUAUUUCUAUAAAAAUCAUUUUUUAACAUGAAAAGAAACCAGUUUAGGCACCUAAGCAGCAAUCCAAUUUUCAGAAGAUAAUUUUUCAUACGUUUCAGUGAUUUCCCAUGGAACAGCAGCUGCUGUAGUUAGCAAUUUUAGAAGUCAGACGAUUUAAUGAAGUGUCUACAUGUAGCUUUUAGGCCUGAUUUUACUUUAGAAAAUUUUGGCCUUAAUUUCUCUGUGUCUUAGUCUUCCCACCUAUAAAACGGGAAUAAUGUGUGCCUCACAGGCUUUUUUGUGAGGUCUGAAUUGUUAAUGUUUGUAAAGUGCUUAGGAAAUAGGAAGCAUAUCUAACUCUUAAGGAUUACAAUAUAAAUGCGUGUUCAUAUAUUACAUAUAGAGUAGAUAUACACACACUGACAUACACACAGCAUACAUAUAUAUACACAUGCAUACCUACAUGAAGUCGGUAUUCAUAGCCCUGCUUAAGUUGCAGUUAGAGCACCACCAUUGAAAAGAAAUUAGAACUGUUGACUACUAAACUAAAUAAUUAGUGGACAGAUCUCUUCAGGAAGCAGUUUAGAGCACAGUAAUAUGAGAAUAUCUGGAUGACAUUUUUGAUUUGUACAGCUGUAUCCUCCUCAAAAUCCAGUAAAGAAUGUUAUUUUUCUAGGCUGGGCUUUUGUUAUAAACUUAAAUAUUCAGAAGGCAAGAGAUACAAUCCAAAUGUGUCUUUUUUUUUUUCCUUUUCUUUUUGGCAUUUGUUAAUUCUGAAUGUAUUUUUAACAAAAGUGAUUUUUUUGACUUACUAGUGUAAUUUGCAUUAAAAAAAAAUAAAUGGAAAAAAAUAUAGGUUUCCAAGCUAUUCAUGGCCCCCUGCUGCUAUUCAGAACUUAACAGAAAACUUAGAAUUACUGUUCCCAACUGAGCAACAAUGCAGAAUAAAGAAUCCUAUUACAUUUACAUGAUGAUAAUCCCGAUCUGUGCAGUGCAUGGAUGUGACAGCACUGAAUAGAAAUUGCCAGGUCAUGACACCAUUUUAAUUCUGUCAUAGGUAGCAGGUUUUUUCAUUAUCACUGACGCUAAAAGGUUUCUUUUACAAGGCUGACUGCAACAGACUCUUCACUUAGAAAACAGGUCUUUUUUGCCCACUCAUCAGGAAUUUUAAGCCUAUGAUAGGUUUACAGUUGCCAACAGUGUUAAGUAUUGCAAAAGUAAUCCUUGUUAAGAAGGAGCUAUAUAACAUGGAUAUUUCCACUGCAUUAAUAUUCUUUUAUAUGCUGUUGAUUGUCCCUACACUGAGAUGAUGAAAUCCUGUCUUCAGUAACAUCUUUAUAGAGUUCACAUGCAUUGACAACUUGCCUGAGGUCAUUUAAUAAAAGUGGAGCAGAAUG